AUGUCUGAACCAAUACCAGAUUCCAUACCCACCUCAGCUGAUCCACGAUCUCAUCGACCCAUCAAACGCGCUCGUGGCGCAGACACUGCUUUAGCCUCCCAAGCCAACGAAAUCGAGAAUCUGUUCCUCGAUCCCAACAGGCAGUUGAACCUCCCGCCGCCAUCAACCGCCCGCAAAUCUAGCUUGCCCGCACCACCUGAGAUCGUCGCGAAUGUACAGGGCUCAUCCGCGGGUGCGGGUAGCGGAGAAUUCCACGUUUACAAGGCGAGCCGGCGGCGAGAAUAUGAACGAUUAAGGUUGAUGGACGAGGAGGCGAAGAAGGGCGAGGACGAUGAGAAAUGGGCGAGGGAAGAGCGAGAACGCAAGGAAAGGGACGAGGAGCGCACUCGCAAGAAGCGUGAGAAGCGGAACAAGAAGAAGAAUAACAAGGGAAAGGACGGGAAGCAGAACGGUAAUGGAGUUCAUGGAAAGUCUCCCGCCGUGAAUGGAGACGAGGCCAACGGACAUGAUACGAAAGGCGCGGAGGGUGUGAAAAGGAAGCCCAACUUGCAGGUUCCGAGAAGGGGAAGUCGAGAUGACGAUCAUGGAAGUGAUUUUGGUGUUGCUGAUGUGGUCAAAGAGGCUGGCAUUACGAUUCAUGAUGACGAUUGA